ACCACAGAAGAAGAUUGUCUCCACUAGAGCUAGCAGCUGCAAAGUUAGCGUAUAGCCCCUUCGUGAGUUUUUAAAAUGCUCCUGCAGUCCGUUAGGCCGUGGCUGCUUCGGUGCUGGGUAGUACCGCUGUCUUGUACACGGACUUACUAUGCUGACAGAGUCGCUCGACUCGGCUCCCAACCUGAUAAACAGUCCCCUGAAUAUCAGGAAAAUUAUGAGCGAAUGAAAGUUUUGGUUGAUGAACUGAGGAGCCGGACAGAUAAGGUCAAGUUGGGUGGAGGAGAAAAAGCAAGAAAACUUCAUAUAUCUCGAGGGAAGCUGUUGCCAAGAGAGCGCAUAGACAGACUACUGGAUCCAGGGACUCCUUUUUUGGAAUUUUCUCAGUUUGCAGGAUCUGACUUGUACGGAAAUGAGGAGGUCCCUGCUGGGGGGAUGAUUACUGGGAUAGGACGGGUUUCAGGGGUGGAAUGUGUUGUUGUUGCAAAUGAUGCUACUGUUAAAGGGGGAACUUACUACCCAAUUACAGUGAAAAAACACCUCCGUGCACAAGAAAUUGCCCAGCAGAACCACUUGCCGUGCAUUUACUUGGUGGAUUCCGGAGGAGCCAAUCUUCCCAGACAGGCCGAUGUCUUUCCAGACCGAGAUCACUUUGGGCGUAUUUUCUAUAAUCAAGCCAGGCUGUCUUCAGAAGGAAUCGCACAGAUUGCAGUUGUGAUGGGCUCUUGCACUGCGGGAGGAGCAUACGUACCAGCCAUGGCAGAUGAGAGCAUCAUUGUGCGAAAGCAAGGAACCAUCUUUCUCGGGGGACCUCCUCUGGUGAAAGCUGCCACCGGGGAAGAAGUGUCUGCAGAAGAUCUUGGCGGUGCUGAUCUACACUGCAAAAAAUCUGGUGUGACAGACCACUACGCUUUAGAUGAUAACCAUGCGCUCCAUUUAGCACGGAAGACAGUGCGGAGUCUCAACUACAGGAAGAAUAUUGAGGUUACUGUAGAACCCACCGAAGCCCCCCUUUACCCCACAGAUGAGCUUUAUGGAAUAGUUGGAGAUAACUUGAAACGCAACUUUGAUGUCAGAGAGGUUAUUGCCAGGAUUGUGGAUGGCAGUAAAUUUGAUGAGUUCAAGGCAUUUUAUGGAGACACGCUUGUUACAGGUUUCUCAAGAAUAUUCGGAUACCCUGUUGGAAUUAUUGGCAACAAUGGAGUUCUGUUUUCAGAGUCUGCAAAAAAGGGAACACAUUUCAUCGAAUUAUGCUGUCAAAGAAACAUUCCUCUGAUUUUCCUUCAAAACAUAACAGGGUUCAUGGUGGGAAGAGAGUAUGAAGCAGGAGGUAUUGCCAAAGAUGGAGCUAAGAUGGUCACUGCUGUUGCCUGUGCUAAUGUACCGAAGAUUACAGUUAUCAUCGGCGGUUCCUACGGUGCAGGCAACUACGGCAUGUGUGGAAGAGCGUACAGCCCCCGAUUCCUUUACAUGUGGCCAAAUUCGAGAAUCUCUGUAAUGGGAGGUGAGCAGGCAGCAACAGUCUUGGCCACCAUCAGUAAAGAUCAGAGGGCACGCGAGGGAAAGGAGUUCACCGCUGAACAAGAGGCUGCCAUGAAGGAACCAAUUGUCCGCCGGUUUGAAGAGGAAGGCAGUCCAUAUUACUCCAGUGCCAGAUUGUGGGACGAUGGGAUUAUUGAUCCUGCAGAUACUCGCCUGGUUCUGGGACUGAGCCUCAGCGCAGCUCUCAAUGCUCCAACAAAGAGGACCCACUUUGGAGUGUUCAGGAUGUAACUUUUCUGUAGUUAAUGAUGUAAAUAAACAUAUCUUUGUAGUAUAGAUUGUAAUGUGUGAAAACAAAUUUCAAAAGGAAUCACACAACCUCUGAGGAAUUAGGGAUGUGACUAGUUCUCACUGGGGGACAUUUCCACAGUAAAGGUGUGCCUUAAGUGUUACUAUUGCAUUUGUAGUUAGAAACAUGGUUUCUUUGUUGGAUUAAGUUUUUAUUACUUACUGUAAGUGAAGAUUAAAGAGAUGACAAUUUCAA